CAACACAUUUUUUCUUAAACUUAUUGACAAAAAUGUAUUUGUAUUCAACUUUGGCUGCGCUUCUGUUGGCAAUAAUUUACGUUUCUGCGGAAGAAUUGACUGUCGGAACCGAUGGAACCGAUAUAAAAGUAGACAAUAAGGUCCCAAACCCAGCAUUUGUUGGACAUCGACUCACAUUCAACGCCAACACUGAGGGCCGAAAAAAUGGUUUGAAAAUAUUGAGUGACUUAUUGAAGAAGAGGAUCGGUUUGGUUAAAGUGAACGCAACUGAACCACACAUUAAAGUCAAUACAGAUAUUGAAGCCGUAAAGCCAGAGACACGAUCUUAUUGUGGUGGAUAUGAUGACUAUUGCUAUCAACCUGAUUAUUAUUGCUACUAGUUUUAGACAAAACUAUCAUGUUCCC